GUGAAGGGGCGGAGCCCCAGCGGCCAAUCAGGAGAAGGUUUUGUGAUUUCUCGGCCAAACCAAAAAAAAAAGACGCGUGGGGAUUGGCCAAUCAGCGGAGAGGAUACAUUCUGCAGGCAGGAAGUGAAGCUGUGAGCAGGAAGAUAGUGUAGGAUUCAGAGAUGAAUUCCCUGGAACAGGCGGAAGGUGGGCUACUAAUAGGGCAGCAGGUGUGAUUUAAUGGUGCUGGUCCCGGGGUGGGCCAGCUGCUUCUGUUCGGCCAGACUAAUGGAUAAUAUAGCUAGCAUGCUCAAAUCUAGUCCUGCACUGUUUACCAAUCAUACAGGGCUACCAUGGCACUGUUAUACCCAGGCUACCCUGGCACUGCUAUACCCAGGCUACCCUGGCACUGCUAUACCAAGGCUACCCUGGCACUGCUAUACCCAGGCUACCCUGGCACUGUUAUACCCAGGCUACCCUGGCACUGUUAUACCCAGGCUACCCUGGCACUGUUAUACCCAGGCUACCCUGGCACUGCUAUACCAAGGCUACCCUGGCACUGCUAUACCAUGGCUACCCUGGCACUGCUAGGCUACCUAUACCCAGGCUACCCUGGCACUGUUAUACCCAGGCUACCCUGGCUACUGUUAUACCCAGGCUACCCUGGCACUGUUAUACCCAGGCUACCCUGGCACUGCUAUACCAAGGCUACCCUGGCACUGCUAUACCAUGGCUACCCUGGCACUGCUAUACCAAGGCUACCCUGGCACUGUUAUACCCAGGCUACCCUGGCACUGCUAUACCAAGGCUACCCUGGCACUGCUAUACCAAGGCUACCCUGGCACUGCUAUACCCAGGCUACCCUGGCACUGCUAUACCCAGGCUACCCUGGCACUGUUAUACCCAGGCUACCCUGGCACUGCUAUUCCUAGGCUACCCUGGCACUGCUAUUCCUAGGCUACCCUGGCACUAUUAUACCCAGGCUACCCUGGCACUGUUAUACUCAGGCUACCCUGGCACUGCUAUACCCAGGCUACCCUGGCACUGCUAUACCCAGGCUACCCUGGCACUGUUAUACUCAGGCUACCCUGGCACUGCUAUACCCAGGCUACCCUGGCACUGCUAUACCCAGGCUACCCUGGCACUGCUAUUCCUAGCUACCCUGGCACUGCUAUUCCUAGGCUACCCUGGCACUGUUAUACCCAGGCUACCCUGGCACUGCUAUACCCAGGCUACCCUGGCACUACUAUACCCAGGCUACCCUGGUCCUGUUAUACCCAGGCUACCCUGGCACUGCUAUACCAUGGCUACCCUGGCAGUGCUAUACCAAGGCUACCCUGGCACUGCUAUACCAAGGCUACCCUGGCACUGUUAUACCCAGGCUACCCUGGCACUGCUAUACCCAGGCUACCCUGGCACUGCUAUUCCUAGGCUACCCUGGCACUGUUAUACCCAGGCUACCCUGGCACUGUUAUACUCAGGCUACCCUGGCACUGCUAUACCCAGGCUACCCUGGCACUGCUAUACCCAGGCUACCCUGGCACUGCUAUUCCUAGCUACCCUGGCACUGCUAUUCCUAGCUACCCUGGCACUGCUAUUCCUAGGCUACCCUGGCACUGUUAUACCAGUACUUAGUAACCAAGGCUAUCCUGGCCCUGUUAUACCAGUACUUGGUAACCAAGGCUACCCUGGCACUGUUAUACCAGUACUUGGUAACCAAGGCUACCCUGGCAUUGUUAUACCAGUACUUGGUAACCAAGGCUACCCUGGCACUGUUAUACCAGUACUUAGUAGCAAAGGCUAACCAGACCCUGUUAUACCAGUACUUGGUGGCAAAGGCUACCCUGGCAUUGUUAUACCAGUACUUAGUAACCAAGGCUAUCCUGGCAUUGUUAUACCAGUACUUAGUAGCCAAGACUACCCUGGUACUGUUAUACCAGUACUUGGUAGCUAAGGUUAACCUGGCGCUGUUAUACUAGUACUUGGUGGCCAAGGCUAUCCUGGCACACUUAUACCACUUCUUAGUAGCAAAUUAUAUCUUUACACUGUUAUACACUGUUAGACAUUGUGGCUAUGGCAGGGUAAACACUGUUAUACCAGUAAGUAUUACUCAAUGUGUGCCUGGUAUUUGUAUACUAGUACAUAGCAUCCAAGGCUUGCCAGGUACUAUAAUAUUGGUACUUUUUACCCAAGAUAAGCUGGCACUGUUAUACUUGUAUGUAGUUGUCAAGGCUUGCCUGGCACCAUUUUACUUGUGUUUAGUAACCAAAUCUAGCAUGGUACUGUUCUACUAGUACUUGGUAUCAAUGGCUAUCCUGGGACUGUUGCUAGUAUUCAGUAUCCAAAGCUAGGCCGGCACUGUUAUAUUGUUAUUUAGUGCCCAAGACAAUGGGUAAGGUAUCUGUUUAGGAGAAACUGACACCUUGUAUUUCCACUCCAGCUGGAUUCUGCUUCUUGUCAGUGAGUGGUUCUAUGAUAGUGCUGUGAUUGCUGACAUUUAAAGGGGCAGAGUAAGACUCGUGGAGGACAUAUGUAAAGUUAUCUUGUAAGCCAGGAAUAUUGAGUGAGAAGGCAUACUGCCUGUAAAUAAGCCAUACAAGUAGUUAUAUUAUUAUUAUUGCCUGUAUUACCCAUUACAAACUAUUUUGCUAAUACUCCCUCUUUAAAGAUUAGCUGUCAGUUUGGGCACAGUUAGUUAAGCCGCUGGUUUUUGAUUUAUUUUUUUUUUCACCCAAUAAAAUCUCCUUAUUAAAAAAAAGAAAAAAGCUUCCUGUGUCAAAAUGAAGAUUAUGCUGGGACAACCUGAAAUUCAGUGCAUAUUAAUUAUAUCCAAUGUUCAGUACUUGUUGUGUGAGGACUUAAUGGAGGUAAAAAUGUCCAGCUUGCACGAGGCACCUUGGGCAGUUUUCCUUUCCAGAAUGUGUUUCUUUUUGGAUCUGAUGCACACUUUAUUCCAGCAAGACGUCACUGUGGUGUAGGCUAGAUGAUUGUUCUUAAUUUGUGUCAUGAACUUAUCAAAAUGCAAAGUAUAGAGCAGGUGAACGUUAAGUAGUAAAAGAUGCAAGUAGUUCAUGUUUUAAAUUGUGUAAAGAAGUGAUUGAGAAAUCUCCCAAAAUAUUCAUGAGCAUACGCAUAGAAUGAUUAUUGAACAUUAGGACCACUGUUAGAUUAAUUGAUGAACUGAUUAGUGUGUCGAAUUGCAUUGCUCAGCCAGUCCUCCUCUUGCAGUGAAUCUACAAGUCCCUUCUUAUAACCGCCAUUCUGCACCUUACAUAAUUUUAUUGUUGCACAACAGUUGUAGAGCUACAAAUUGUCUUUCACUGGUUCAUAGAGCGUUUGAUUAUCCGAUCCAAUCAUGUACUUCCUCAAUAUUUAAACAUACAGUGACUGUGUUGUGCAUUAUUGUAAUGAGCAGCAACAGACCAUCUGAAAAGACAGUGUCUGUUAACCAGAGCACUGCAAAAGUGUUUUUGCAUGAACAGAAAAGUUCUGCAAUCUCGUAUACAUCCUUAAAUGCAUUCAAUGACGUGCUUGAUUGGGACUUUUUUUUUUUUUUGGUGUUCCCAAGAAGCAGUGUAGAAGAGAAAACACAGGGGUCUGUGGGACAGGAUUUCCAAAUCAGGACUUUCCUGCCUCAUCUAAUAUGGCUGGUAAGUUUAAAUCCAAAUGUAAAGCCUUAAAGGUUUACUCCAAGCACCAUGACCACUUCGAUGUUUUAAAAUGGUCAUGGUGCAAGGAACCCGUAUUUACAGCAUUUCAGUAAAAAAGUUGUACUUACUGAGAUAUUUAACGGGAUUCUAUAGUGGUAGGAAUACAAAAUUGUAUUCCUUACACUAUAGUUCCCUCUUCCCUCCCAUCCACCCUGGGACUGCGAGGUUCAAAUAACCUUUUUAACACUUACCCGAUACAAGUGCCGAUAUCUCUCGGCCCUGGGUCAGUGCACCACGUCAUCUGACAGGAAGGGCUAAUGCGCAUGUGCCGCAAGUGCAUUAGGCCCCUUCCCAUAGGAAAGCGCGUCAGGCGACCAAAACUCGCUUUACCACCAGGAAGUGCCUUUAGUGGCUGUCUUAGUCCUGCAAUGUAAUUAUUGCAGUUUCUCUAAAACUGUAUUGUUUUACAUUGCAUGACUAAGGUGGAUAGGGCAACUGCACCCAGACCACUUCAAUGAGCUGAAGUGGUCUGGGCGCCUGUAAUCUCCCUUUAUUAAUGUUGCUUACGCGUAUAUGAUCAUCCUAUGGCUGAGAACGUUCCACUGAUACUCUAAGCGAAUAAUUGAGCGGCAGUAUCCACAUCCAGCUUGUACAGCCGCCAUUCAUUGUGGUUCAGGACCCAACCAGAUCAUAAGUGAUGAACCAUAGCAAAACAAUUUCCACUCUUACCGGGGAACACCAGGGUGCUCCUGACACCAUUAGCACUGUAGUGAGCAAGUUGUAAAUGUGACAUUAAUCCAAUCAAAAUAUCUAAUUUACUGUAAAUUUGUGUUUUCAUGGCAGCCUUUUUAAAAGAAAGUAAAUGUCUUUUUAGAAAGUGAGAUUUAUUGAAAGAUACUUACGGUUCAUAGAAAAUUAAAUGGAAUAGUAUUUAUUUAAAGUUUCUAGAAUUCCAAAACAAGAUUUGGAGUUUGAAAGAACGUCGGCCAGAACAUAUACCAAAAAAAAAAAAAAAUUAAGAUUGCAUUUAAGAAUGUUAAACCCUGCCAUACUUUUGUGCAGAAAUUUUGUGGGGUGUUUUUAUAUUUUAAAACUAUAAACUGUAUUUUACUUCUGGUUUUAUCUUUCCUGUCUAGAUUUAAAAGCCUUUGAAAGAAGACUUACAGAAUAUGUUUCUUGUUUGCAGCCAGCUACAGGACGCUGGAGAAGUAAGUUACUUGCUAUUUGCGUUCAAAGAUUGCACUGCCUUUCACAAGUAUUCAUCUAUCGUGUAGUGGUGCAACCAGCUAUUAAAUUGGAUUUUGUUAGGAAUUUUACCAUAUGAUUUCUGCAUUAUAUCUAAUGGAAGAAACAGCGUUUUUUGUUUUUUCUUUUUUUGUAUUGACACAAAAAGUUCAUUCAAAAAAUCAUUUGUUAUUCUAGUUGUUAUGGUAUAUAUGUAGUGGACCCAGUGUAACCCGACUGGUUACCUCCGCUAAUUCCAUUCCUUCAGCCGGUCAGGAACCAUUUAGGAUAUAAAGAGACCAAUUCCCCCUAGUAACUAGAUGACACACAGUCCUGGAGGUACACCAACGCUUUAUUCGCCAUACACGGCUUUUAUGCAUAACCCCGUGCAAGGGGUUUCCCACACAGACAUACAAGGUCAUAUCCCAAGAUCCUCCCUGGGACCCAAGCGCGGGAAGGGACUUGGUUCCCUUUGUCCCCAAAGCCCACCACUGAAAACACAGGGCUUCCCACACUAGCGGCCAGGGGGUCUUCUUCCCAGGAGGCUCUGUGCCUGGGAGUCCAGGCACGGGAAAGUGGGCUGUCCCUUUGUCUCCCAGGUACAGAAAAGCCUGCCUUCUGGAAAAGAGCUGGUCUCUUUGUCCCUGCAGUCACCGACAAGCCCGCCAAACUCGCCAGUGCCCACACCAAUUCCAGGGACCCUCACAGCGGUACCCUUCUCGACCAGGCUCCACUCGCGAGGUCCUUGUGUGAAACCCUGCAAGUGAAGCAUCUCCUUUCAGGAUACGAAUGCUCCCCCUUAAAAUUAUGGGUGCAAAAAAAAUGGAAUUUUUUCUUUUAAAGGGACAAUCUAAGCAACCUAAACACUACAGCUCACUGCAGAGAUUGUGUUGCUUAGAGUGUGCUGCAAUCAUCACCCAGUUUAAAGGGUUACUCUAAGCACCAUGCCCGCUUCAUUGAUUUUGAAGUGGUCAUGGUGCCUGGAUUUGCUAUGAAAUGCUGCAGAUCCAGAGUUUAACCCCUCUGUUGCUAGAUGUGUAACACCACAUCUGGCAGCAUCACUGCGGUGUUACCAGCCAUCCCAGAACUAGAGUUCUGGGCUGCCUAAUGUCAGUUAUGUGCAUGCCUCUUUGCACACAAUUGCAGUAAUUGUUGAGAGCAGUCAGCUGACGCUCUCAGCCAAUGAAUGUCCAGCAGAAUCGGGCUCUGUAGCUCUUCAGAAGCUGGGUGCAAAUCACUGUCAGCCAUAAAGAAGACCAGGCACCUUGAAGGAGCUGUUAAGAGGUUAAACCAUUGCAAAAUGGUUUGCCCCAAUAAAGGAUAACAGGGCAGUGGUACUCCUCACGUUCUAAUAACUACAGCUGGCUUUCAAGUAACCCUUUAAAACCAGGAUCUUCCUGUUUUUUGUGGGACCACCCCUAUUUUGGUGGUCACAAUGAUAAUGAAAAUUUUAUUAAUUCUGGAUUCUACCAGUGAAGAGUCCCUGUUUAUAUCAAACUUAUUUUUCUUCCUGUGAUGUCAAAAUUCUUGUUCACUCAUCGACAAUUUUAAUUUGCUUGUUAUAAUUGACACAAUAAUACUAAUGAUUUGUUUUGUUUCUUAUAUCUAGUGAUUCUCAUAGUGGUCUCUGUGUGCACUGCAACAGGAGCAUGGAACUGGUUAAUAGAUCCAGAGACACAAAAGGUUUGGUUUCCUGGUGUUACCAGAAUUAUUUUUUUGUUUAGUCCAUGAAGUGUCAUGUAGGUAUAUAAAGGAAAAUAUGUCAGUAUACUGUCCAUGUGAAUGUGUUUGUUGUGCUCCAUGUGCGAAUCAUGGAUUCAUAUGUGGGGUUCAAUAUUCGUUUGAAUAGGUUGAGGACUUUUGUGACAGAGCUCUAGUACUCAAACAGCAACUAACUUUAAUACACAUAGCACACAUAUUUAAAGCCCCCAAAAGCCGCAUUUACAUACAAUGGUGCAUAAAGCAGUAUAGUACAAGGAAGGGUGGGGUCAGACAAUAGCAAGGGCUGAUGGGAGAUUGAGGAGGGACAAAACAGCUUGUUUAAACUGGUCUGGCAGUGUCCCUGGGACAACACCCUGCUGGGGAAAAAAUAGGACAGGAAAAAGGGGGAGAGGCACAGACAAGCAAUACAUUCAACUUACCCUGCACCAAAAACAAAAAAUAAAUCUGGGGACCCACACUUAGUGUCUGUCUUCCAUCCGACUACUGUCACAACUUUAUUCUUAGUUUUGAUAUAAAUGAAAAUAAGCACCAUAUAAAAGUCCUCAAACACUGCAACUUGACAAGGAGAAUAUAUAUCGAAAUGCCAGAUUGAGUACCAGGAUAAACAUACGUUCUAGAAUGGGAAGAUUUUGUUUUAAUAAUAUUUUAAUUUUAUUAAAUAUAAAUUUUAUUUACUUUUUUUUCUUGUUCUUCUUGUUUUGGCUUUGUUUCGAUUUGUACCUUUUAUCAUUAUUUCUUAGUAAAUAUAAACUAGAGGUGGAGUCAAUCCUGCAAUGUAAUCAUUGCAGUUUCUUACAGUUAAAGGGGACCUGUCGUGCCCCAAGCAACUUAUGCUCAUUAAAUUGAGCAUGCCAUUCUACCUACACAUUGCGCUUGCAGUUUUGCUAGUUUUAUGUAGAGUAGGAGAAAAACCUAUUUAAAAAUAUUUUUCUAUCACAGCUGUCAGUCGAUGUCAUUGACCAGGGAGAGCAGAAAAAAAUCCAAUGGGAGGUCCCUCUGCUCUCCACCUAUAGCAACCACAGCACAUGCGCUUUGGUUGCUAUGGAAACUCCCCAGCCAGGUGCUUCUAGCGAGGGCUAGGGACCAUAGGAACAGAGUGACGGCAAUGUCACUGACGAGAUUUAACCUGCUUGGGAAUGCCAAAUCAAAGAAGACUGCAGGAGGAGUGCAGGCGAGUACCAAGAGUAACACUCACAAAGCGGCGCUGGAAUGGAGAAAAAGUGAGUACAUUUUUAUAUUUACAUUGAAUACACCAGGUAUCUUUGUGAUAUAUGGUGUAUUCAAUGUAUAUGGGAGAGAUUUCAGGUAAGUUAAUUUUUCCAUAACCAGUUCACUUUAAAUGGUAUCAAUAUUUUAUUUAUAUUACACAUAGCUUUAUUUCAUUCCAUCUGUUAAUUUAAUGUAUUCCUUUUUUAAUAAGAAUAUGCAGCUUUCUUGUAUUGUUUUUUUUUUUUUUGUGUGUGUGCUAGGGAUGGUUCAGUAAUUCUUUUUUUAAAUUAUAUUUUAUUUUUUUAGGUGUCAUUUUUCACAUCCCUCUGGAACCAUCCUUUCUUUACAAUCAGCUGUAUAACUUUGAUAGCUUUAUUCUUUGCUGGAAUUCACAAAAGAGUGGUGGCUCCAUCGAUGUAUCCUUUAAAUUUUAUGAAUGGCUGCAUGGUUUUUUUUUGUUUGUUUUUUUUUUUUUUCCUUCUUUUCUGUUUGUAAAUGCAUAUUGUCACAAAUAUCCUACACAUCAUGUAAAUUACCAUCCUGUUUUCAAGUCUGUCCACUCAUUGUUUGUUUUUUGUUUUUUAUUGUGGCCUCAAAACAAUUUGUAUCUUCCUGCAGCUCAAUAAGAAAGCAAAACAAAUAUAGAGAGAAUUUCCUUGGUUGCCCCAAAAAAGGAGGCUGGUCAACUUGCAAGAGAUUAUCCAUGCUCUGUUAUUGCUUGCAUUCUUGUUAAUGAAUUGUUGAAAUAAAGUCUCACAAACCUUAGGGUACAUGCAAAUUACAAGCCAUCUUCCUUUUAUGGGACACUUGAGGCUGCAGUUGAGCCCUCUAUAUAUAAAAUACCCAAACAGACUCCAGGAAGUGUCAAUCCCAUUGUUUUUAUUGGAGUGUCUAUGGUUUUUGAGAGAUUUUGACCAAAUAUUAAAAAUAAACUCUCUUCCCUGGAUUUUUAAUUUUGUGCUUACUUAGUCUCUAUAUUCAACAAGCUCCGAGAAACAGAAUUUAAAUGUAGAAAUUGGUAAUGCAGAAUAAAAUAAUAACUUAUUAAUUGAAAUAAAAUUUAUGUAGUUAUACAGGGUGGACCAAAAUUCAGAGUAGGGUUUGAGACUUUAAUAACUUUAUCUUUUUUAUUUUUAUUAAUGAACUAAUUUAAGUGACAGUUUUUACACUGAAGGCUUAACGUAUGGAGAUUUGUUUGACUUCGUACAGAAGAUGACGUCUUUUGAAUGAUCUCUAUGUGCCAGUCACCAAGUCAUGCUCUUUCGAUUGCAUUGUUCCUAACAUAAGUUAAUGUUUGAGGCUCUAGUGCUUGAAUUACUGCACAGAUAUUCUCCUUUUUGCUGCUCAAGUGUACGUGGUUUGUUCACGUACACCCUUCAGCUAUCUCCACAGGAAGUAAUCGGGAGCUGAAAGGUCCGACAAAGGUGGCAACCAAUUAAUCUGGGAAUUUAUUAAAAUGAUCCACUCACCGAACAGUUGUCUCAAGAUCCAUUGUGGCCCGGGCUGGAUGGGUAGUAGCCGCAUCCUGUUGAAACCACAUUUCAGGAUGUAAAAAAUUUCCAAUCGUAUGCUGAUAUCUCACACCAAUAAAAUUCCACUAUUUUUGCUCAUUGUUCCUUCUUGAAAUUACCUAUGAUGAAUCUCGUAAGACUCCGUUAUAAUAUGUACUGUAACAAAAAAAUUUAACCACUAACAAUUAAGUUGUCAAAUCCUAUUCUGAAUUUUGGACCACGCUGUAUAACAUUUUCAAAGGGAACAACUUUCCUGGUCAAAGCCAUUGUUAUCCAUGUUAUUCCCCCCACCACCCCCUCUCUUCUCUUUCUUUUACAUCGGCGUGUCUUGUGUCCAAUGCUUUACAUUCAAAAUUAGAUGUGAGCAGUAAAAAUGAAUUAAAUCUCUGCACUUUAUGAACAUGUGUGCAAAGUAAUGCAAUAAUCUCUACAAGGCACUAAGAGCACUUUAUGUUGAAAUGUAUAAUAUAGUUUCAUCAUCAUUUCCAUAAACAGAAUAGUAGCCAAUAAGGCUUUGGAUGGAUUGGUGGAUAGAGAAAACCAGCACUCCUAGCCAGUGCUUUUUUUUUUUUACUAACUUUACCAUUUAAAUACAGACUUUUUUUUACAUACUUUUUCUUUUUUAUUACACAUUUCAUCACUACACACUAUAUUGUUUCAGGUAGUUAUAUAGCUAAUCAAUGUGUCAGGCAUACUUCUGUAGUAUUUGUUGGAUUUUAUUUCUUGACUACUUUCAUCAGAAUAGCGGCCCGAUGUCGAACGGUGUUGGCAGAAUACAAUAUGUCCUGCGAUGAUGUGCGUAUUUCUAUCCCUGUCUGUCUCUCAUAGCAUUUCUCUGCUGCUUGAAAACCUACUUUUAAAACCCCUAGCACCAACAGAACUGUAUCACUCACUUUAAUUGCAAAAUACAAAAAUGUACAGCAGUAAGAAUUGACCUAUUUGAUGUAUUUAGAAAAAUUGCUGAUGUAUUAGAAAUCACUUUAUACUGUUUUUUGCCUUCUGUUGGCUCAUCGACUGUAACAUACAUAGGUGAACAGCUGAACUUGAUCGACUUGAGUCUUCUGUUCACUCUGUAUUGUAAUGUAACUAUACUUCUUUGUGCCAGUGAGCGCUAUGUCUUGGCUAUAACCGCAAUCCUAAUAGCUAGUGACUAUUGGUGGCAUAUUGAUGGAGUGUGUAAAUUUAUCUGUAUAAUUUGAGCCCAAUUAACUGUGUAAUACUUUUGUGUGUUUUUUCUUUUCUAAAUUAGCAAACAAUGUUACCUCAUACGGUAACGGAUACCUUUUGUAGAAGUCUUUUAUUAUCAUAUUCCUGACCUUUUCUUUGUUUCUGAGAGAUUGUUAUGCUCUUUAAAUAUCAGAAGGUUAUGGGUAGCAUCAGGUUAAAGGUGCUUACUCCUUUCACAUCUAUACUACAUAACAUACAAUGAUUCCCAUGUGUAUUGUACCCAACUAAUGCGGUUGUUUUCCUCCAUAACUAUGUAAAAAACAUUUGUCUUAUUUUUACAGACGGGAAAGUUAAUUCUGAAACCAAGGCCGCAUGUCCAAUGAUAUUACAUUGAAUGCCAUCAGUGAAGAUGAAAAUUGGGGCAGCAGACUUUCAUUUGGAAAUCCAUGGCUGUCUAUCUUUUCUAACAAGUCUUUUCCAAACUGACACUGAUGGUGUUCAUUAUUUCUUCGGACACAUAGGACAUUUUCUGAAAACCUACAUUCAGUGUGAACAUUGGACAUUUUUUCACCUGUGGGCAAGCUUUUAACUGGACUCAUGACCGUCACAAUUGACUAAUAAACUAUUAUUUUGGAAGUCACAGGGUUUUAAACGUAAACCAUUUCAGUCAAAAUACAUAUUUAUUUUUUUCUUUGAGUUUUCAAACGUUUUACAGUAAGAAGUGCAAACAAUAAAAGACAACAUUAAGGCAUUAACAACCGUCUCACACAGUAUUCAACCAGGGGGAGCAUUCCCUUAGCAUUAGUGUUAUUCAGACCAUUACAAACUGUGUGGGCAUUGGCAGAGUCACGUUCCUCGGGUGGCCUAUGUUUCCUGCAUGUAACCUCUCCCUUUCCCGUGGUGGAAUUUGCGAAUAGAAGACCGUUCAGGACAUCAGUGAUGUGUAAAGUAUAAGAUUGGAGAGUAGGCUGAUGUGAGUAGUAAGUAAGCAAAAAGGUAGAGUACAUAGUCAGAAUAGUGUUGAAAUUAUGGGUCCAUCACCCUGCCUACACCCAAUGGCACUUCUCUGUCUCUUCGAACUAGGUAGUCAAGCCAAGACAACCAUUGCUCCGUGUUUCAGUCGUAUACUUCAACAGGAACAUAACUCAACCAUAUCAUCCUCUUUGAUAAUCUAUAUUGCAUUUUGUUUUUUGUUAUAUCGCCAACCCCUCUACAUGGUAGAAGAAUAUAACUCAUCACAAGGUCAUUUACUAAAGUGAGAAUUCAAAUAGAAUUUCAAAUUUAAGACCUAAAGAGACAAACUGGAAACAUUCUCUAAACCGCUAUGGAUAUUUUAGCUUUAACUUUGAAACUCACUUUUAAUUCUUAUUUUACUGAAUAGCCCUGUUAGUGUUUGUAAUGAUAUGUACGAUUUUAAGAAAUCGUUACAUGCCAAACCACACACUGACUUCUGCCUAAAAUAUCAAAACCAUGUCAGAAAUAUAGUUAGUUUUAGAAGUUAAAAUAUAACCGUGUACUUGUUUUCUUUAGAUUUGUAUUUAGGGUGCUAUACUUUUACAGAUCUAUUUUUGUAUUUAACUGUUUGUUUGUUUUCUUUUCAGUAUAUCCAAACAUUACUUGCUGCAUUACCUUUGAUUUCCAUUGUCACUUCUUGCUCACUUUGGGGAAGCAGUGAUCCCAACUCACCCUUUCCCAUUUCGGUGAUAUCCAGUGACAUGAUUUUAUAGUUUCCACAAUUUUAAUAAAAAGAGAUCCGGCUCUCAAUUGUCUUAAACUGUUUAAUGCUUACUCCAAAAGAAAAGCAUACGCUAUUGGCAUUUUUUAUUUUAUUUUAUUUUUUAUUUUGUAAGUGGGCUUCCAUCAACCAAGACAGAUGGCAACUCAAGCACAUUUAGAUGAUUCACAAAUAGAACAUGUCCUCAAAAAGAAGGGAAUGUGAGCUGUAGAUAGUUAAUGUUUUUUUUAGAGCUAAUAUUUCCUCAUUUUGUUUUCCAUAUUUUCUUUUGUAACCAUUUAGCUUAAAGGCUGAAAAGUAGUGUAAGAGCAAAUUGUUACAUUGAGGAGAAAUAAUAAAGGGCUUGUUGUGACGGUAGUUAAAUAAUUACUGUCACAUACUUGCAUACCUUUUCUGGCAGGUGAGGAAUGUCACAGUACAACUGUAUUGUCUGUCUAUGAUCAGAGUACUGAUAUAACAUUUUAAUAAAUGUUUAGAGUAGACAAAUAUACAUUAUUGGAAAGCAUGUGAUAAAGAGGGAUAUCACCUUUAUUUAUGUCAUUGUGAAUCUACUUACUGUGGCUGCUGUAGACCAUAUUUCCCUUGAGGUUUCAGACCGCCAUAUGUUUUUGACUGGCUGAGGCUAACAGGAAAACAGUCCACAGCAACUGGUACACCAAAAUUUUAUUUACAGCUGCAACGGCGCAUCGUUCCCAGUGUGUUUGUUCGGGUCUCUGCAUUUCUACUCAUUAAUGACAAAAACAAAAUGAAAUUAACAAACAAUGUCAUUUAGUCUUUUUUUUUUUUUUUACCCACAUAAAAAUAACAUGUGGUAUGCUAUCGAGCGGCCUCUCUUCUAUAUCUUCUAUUUAAUUAAAUUCACUGGAAGAUAAGAGAGAAAAUAAAAGCAGGCAUUGAAUGUCAUAUUCCACAUUCUUUAAUUCAGGCUUAAUGACAAUCUAUAAUAAAGAGUAUUCAUCUUAUAAUAGACCGCCUCUGGGGGUGAUAUUUUUCAAUACAUAUUCUAUUGUACACAUUCUAUGUCUACAUUACAUAAGAAAGUACAACUGUUAAUAUUAAUGUCAUUUUUGCCCUUAUGCUGUAAGAUAAAUGUUUGUUUCAGCACUUGCAAUGUUUUAUCUAGUUUUUAAUUAAAAAAAAA